AUGUCACCAUCAGUUUCUUCAGCAUCGCUUGUUAAUAGCACAUUAAGUACUGUCCCAAUGUGCAACUAUGGAAAAGAAGCUGUACUUAGAAUAUCAAAUAUUCCAAGAAAUCCUGGACGAACAUUCUUUGAGUGUCCAUUGUACAACAAAGAGGAGUUACCAUACUGCAAAUAUUUCAAGUGGGCAGAUGAUAGUGAAUACAAAAAGCAAGCUCUUGUAAAGAUAGAAGCAGAAAUAUUAAGGAAAGAUGAAGAACUUAAAAAGAGAGAAGAAAAGAUUGGGAAGAGGGAGUUGGCACGCCACAAUGAUGAAGCCUAA